UUCACACAUAUGAUACAAGUUUUCCUUUAGGCAAAUGUCACAUUCUUUACAUAAUCUUCAUUUUCUCCUGACAGGUAUGUCACCAAGAGAUUUAAUACUGCACUUUCAACACAAGGUAAAUUCAUGUGUUUUGAGGCAAGCAGAUAGCUUGUAAAGGUUUUGGAUGUGUACCAAAUGGCACCCUAUUCCCUAUAUAGUGCACUACUGUUGACUAGGCCCCUAUGGGCUCUGGUCAAAAGUAGUGCACUAUAAACGGAGUAGGGUGCCAUUUGGGAAACCAUCCUGGAAACAUCUGCCAAGAUUGUAGUUAUUUGUUGUGGUGCCCUUAACUCUCUCUCUCUCUCUCUCGGUCUAGUAGAGAUUAUAGAGAGCGAGAUAGAGGAGAGAGAGAGAUAUAGAGCGAGAGAUCGAGAGAGAGAGAGAGGGAGAGAGAAGAUGAGAGGAGAUCGGAGGAGAGAUAGGAGAGCGAGAAAGAGGAAAAAACAAGAGAGAGAGGGAACAAAGAGAGAGGGAGGGGAGACGGAAGAGGGAAGGAGGUGCGGGAGAAAACAGAGCAGAAGGAGAGAGAAAAAAAAGAGAAGGAGAGAGAGAAACAAAAGAGCAGAGAGAGAGAGAGCGAGAGAGAGAAAGGCAAAAAGAGAGAGAGGGAAAAGAGAUGGGGGAGGGAGAGAGGGAAGAGGAGGAGCAAAAAGCGAGAAGGAGACGAGCAGAAACAGGAGAGAGGGAAGGGCGAGGCUGACAACAUUUAGCGAGCACAACCCCCCUCUCUCUAUCCCUCUCUAUCUCUCUCUCUCUCCCCCCCCUCUCUCCCCCCCCUUGCUCUCUCUGAUUCUCAACCCCUUAGGUUCUGAUCCUCUUCAAACUGAUUCUGCUGGAAAAGAAGGUGAACACGUGCUUCAGCACCAACAACAUGACAGCAUAUCACAACCAUACCAUAAAUGACAUGUGACCUCACAGCAAGAUAGCACAUCAUCAACAAGGGACAGAACUAGCAUAACUCCCUCUAGGGUGUUUUAGGUCAGAAUAGAUGUUCUGACUGUGUAUAUGUCCACUCUCAGGUUCUGUUCUACGUGUCUCCAGUCAACAGGCUAGUAGGAGCUCUGAUGACAGUACUGUCACUGUUCCCAGGUGAGAGUCCACACUCACGCGUCCCAAAUGGCACCCUAUUCCCUAUAAUGCAGUAGUGUGCUACUUUUUGGUCAUAUCCCUAUGGGUGAUAAUAGUGAAUAUGGGUGUCAUUUGGUACACACACGUUGUUGGAUUCUUCUUCCCCCAUAUUGAAGGUCAAAGGUCACGUUGAGUCCUAUAGGUCAGGAUGUCAUGUAUGCUGUGUUCCUUCCUCUAGGUAUGAUAGAGCACGGCCUGGCUGACUCCUCCUACUACCGGCCCAAGAGCAGCGUCUCCGAGGAUAUCAGUCUGGUAGACUGUGUGUCGAGGGCCGAGGAGUUCGUCUCCGUCACUGACAUCACCAACGCUACCAUGGAGCUAGUGGGGGAUGAGGGCCGAGGAGAGGACCAGAUCACCUCCACCACCAUGAAGGCCUCACAGAGGACAUCGCCUUCCCCAGAGACCUCCACCCCAGCUAGGGAGAACACCCACCUGAAGCCCCCCUCCCGGACCUCCCCGGACUCCUCGGAGAGCGACUGGGAGACACUGGACCCCAGUGUGCUGGAGGAAGGGACUAUAGACUCCGAGACCGGGGGUUUAGGUUUCGGGGGUUCAGGGGGCCUGGAGCACCCAGAGACGUUUGACCCGGUGACAGGUACCCCCAUCACGGUGCAACCUCGGGGCCUGUCAGCAGGGCCAGGGGGCCAGGGAGUCGUCACUCAGGGCUUGGUGUCUGGGCUGGAAGAGGAUCAGUAUGGCCUGCCACUCGCCAUCUUCACCAAGGUACCUAACUCAACACAGAGCCAUUCAGCGUAUACUUAGAAAGCUCUUUAUCUGUAUAUCUGUCUCUCUGUAUAUCUGUCUCUCUGUAUAUCUGUCUCUCUGUAUAUCUGUCUCUCUGUAUAGCUGUCUCUCUGUAUAUCUGCUGUCUCUCUGUAUAUCUGUCUCUCUGUAUAUCUGUCUCUCUGUCUCUCUGUAUAUCUGUCUCUAUGUAUAUCUGUCUCUCUGUAUAUCUGUAUAUCUGUCUCUCUGUCUCUCUGUAUAUCUGUCUCUCUGUAUAUCUGUCUCUCUGUCUCUCUGUAUAUCUGUCUCUCUGUAUAUCUGUCUCUCUGUCUCUCUGUAUAUCUGUCUCUCUGUAUAUCUGUCUCUGUAUAUCUGUCUCUCUGUAUAUCUGUCUCUCUGUAUAUCUGUCUCUCUGUAUAUCUGUCUCUCUGUAUAGCUGUCUCUCUGUAUAGCUGUCUCUCUGUAUAGCUGUCUCUCUGUAUAUCUGUCUCUCUGUAUAUCUGUCUCUCUGUAUAGCUGUCUCUCUGUAUAUCUGUCUCUCUGUAUAUCUGUCUCUCUGUAUAUCUGUCUCUCUGUAUAUCUGUCUCUCUGUAUAUCUGUCUCUCUGUAUAUCUGUCUCUCUGUAUAUCUGUCUCUGUAUAUCUGUCUCUCUGUAUAUCUGUCUCUCUGUAUAUCUGUCUCUCUGUAUAUCUGUCUCUCUGUAUAGCUGUCUCUCUGUAUAGCUGUCUCUCUGUAUAUCUGUCUCUCUGUAUAUCUGUAUAUCUGUCUCUCUGUAUAGCUGUCUCUCUGUAUAUCUGUCUCUCUGUAUAUCUGUCUCUGUAUAUCUGUCUCUCUGUAUAUCUGUCUCUCUGUAUAUCUGUCUCUCUGUAUAGCUGUCUCUCUCACCAUCAACCAUCACCUGCUUUUUUAAUUAUUCACUUACAUGUUGCCGAGGCAACAGCCAACUGAUCUAGCUUUCCUAGGGUGGGGGUUGAUCUUUCCUCUGAAGUUAAAGGGUGGGGGUUGAUCUUUCCUCUGAAUUUAAAGUGUGGGGGUUGAUCUUUCCUCUGAAUUUAAAGGGUGGGGGUUGAUCUUUCCUCUGAAUUUAAAAGGUGGGGGUUGAUCUUUCCUCUGAAUUUAAAGGGUGGGGGUUGAUCUUUCCUCUGAAUUUAAAGGGUGGGGGUUGAUCUUUCCUCUGAAUUUAAAGGGUGGGGGUUGAUCUUUCCACUGAAGUUAAAGGGUGGUGGUUGAUAUUUCCUCUGAAGGUAAAGGGUGGGGGUUGAUCUUUCCUCUGAAUUUAAAGGGUGGGGGUUGAUCUUUCCUCUGAAUUUAAAGGGUUGGGGUUGAUUUUUCCUCUGAAUUUAAAGGGUGGGGGUUGAUCUAUUAUUCAUCACAGAAAAGCAUCCUGAUAUCUAGAUUUAAGCUAAACCCUGUCAUAAACCCAAAUGUCAGUUAGUCAGGUAUUUGCGUUUCAAAACGCCCACACAUCAAAUUAUGAUAAUAGUGGUGUGGUGACUAGUGGGUGAGAGGAGGGAGGAGUUGUUCUAGUACUACAAGGACACACACACACACACACACACACACACAUGCAAGCGCUGCUUUUCCAGUACUACAAGGGGAAAAAAGUCAGUUUAGUCACCAAGGAGGAUUUCAUAACACUAUGGCAAACAUUAACCCAAUACAAACAACAUAUAAUGGUGUUACUGUAACCUGUUUGCUGUUGGGUGUGUCCUUUCCCUGACUAGAUCUCGAACUGUACACACACACACACACAUAAAUUAGUGACCUUUAACCUGUAUGUGUGUCGUUGCCAGGGUUACCUGUGCCUGCCCUACAUGGCCUUGCAGCAGCACCACCUGCUGUCAGACAUCACGGUGCGCGGCUUUGUCGCCGGGGCAACCAACAUCCUCUUCCGGUCAAGCAGAGGCACCUAAGUGACGCGACGUGACGUGAGUGGGCGCGCCCGCUCUCUUCAUCGGCCAGAGAAGAGAGAGGAUCUCGACGCAGGGCAGUGAGGACAGGAGAGAGCGACAAGAGAGAGAAGGCCCAGCAGCGAGAGCAGAGAGAGAGAAGGGCGAAAGGGGCGCCGCCGAGAAAGCCGAGCGGAGGCGCGGCAAGAGAGCGCAGGCGAGAAGGAGAGGAGCGAAAAGAGAGGCAGGAGCGAGCAGGAGAAAAGAGACGAAGAGAGAAAGGAGAGAGCGGAGGAAAGAGAGAAGAGCGAGAAGGGAGAGAAAGAGAGAGAAGGAGAAGAAAAGAGCGAAAGAGCGAGCGAGAGACGAGAGAGCAGAGCAAGAAGAGAAAGGAGAGCAGAGAGAGAGACGCGAGGAGAGAGAAAGGAGAGCGCACGAGAGAGAGCGAGAGCGAGGAGAAGGAGCGAGAGACGGAAGCGAGAGGAAGAGAGAGAAACGAGCAGCGGAAGACUGAGCGAACAAGUAGCAGAAGACGAUGAAAGCGACGGCAGAAGUAGAGCAAGGAAUACACUGCUGAGCUGCAAGCAGUACGAUCCAUGACGCAGAAGAGGAUCAGCGAGGCUCAGUGAGACGACGAGGAAACGGAGCCCGACAUGCAUGAGCUGCAACGACUCGACAUGGCGCUUAGAAGGCAAUCAAUGAUCCAGCGUAGUCUAGAAGAGGUGGCUGGUCGUCCUGAGCUCAUGUGCGGAAGGUGUACCGUAUGCUUCAUUCUAUCUCCAUCCUCCUAUCCCAUGACUCUCAGUCCGUUGUCCACCCAGUCACCUGUCAUGCUUUUAUUGUCUGCAGUCCUAGCGAUGGCUAUGUUACGCUAUAAUUUGCCGUGUGCUAUCGGGCCUUUAAACACAUGGCACUUAUUGCAAGAGUAGGGGUGUUAACCCCGGUGUCCUGGCUAUGUUAACCCCGGUGUCCUGGCUAAGUUAACCCCGGUGUCCUGGCUAAGUUAACCCCGGUGUCCUGGCUAUGUUAACCCCGGUGUCCUGGCUAAGUUCCCAAUCUGGCCCUUAUACCAUCAUGGCCACCUAAUCAUCCCCAGCUUCCAAUUGGCUCAUUCAUCCCCCUUCCUCUCACCUGUAACUAUUCCCCAGGUCGUUGCUGUAAAUGAGAAUGUGUCCUCAGUCAACUUACCUGGUAAAAUAAAAAAACUCUCCAUAUCUUCUCGCUCCAUAUAUUCUCUCUCCAUCUCUUCUCUCAAUUUAUUGGCAUGUGAAACAUAUUAUGUUUACAUUGCCAAAGCAAGUGAAAUAGACAGGAAAUAAACAAGGGAAAUAAACAAUGACCUGAACAGUAAACAUUACACUCACAACCAUUUAACAUAAUAUAGACAUUUCAAAUGUUAUAUUAUUGUCUAUGUGUAAGUAGUUGAAGUAUGAAAGGCAAAAUAAAUAAACAUUAAUAUAGGUUGUAUUUAAAAUGGUGUUUGUUCUUCACUGGUUGCCCUUUUCUUGUGGCAACCAGGUCACAAAUAUUGCAGCUGUGAUGGCACACUGUGGUUUUUCACCCAGUAGAUAAGGGAGUUUAUCAAAAUUGGGUUUGUUUUCGAAUUCUUUGUGGGUGUGUGUAAUCUGAGGGAAAUAUGUGUCUCUGAUAUGGUCAUACAUUUGGCAGGAGGUUAGGAAGUGCAGCUCAGUUUCCACCUCAUUUUGUGGGCAGUGUGCACAUAGCCUGUCUUCUCUUGAGAGCCAGGUCUGCCUACGGCGGCGUUUCUCAAUAGCAAGGCUAUGCUCACUGAGUCUGUACAUAGUCAAAGCUUUCCAUAAGUUUGGGUCAGUCACAGUGGUCAGGUAUUCUGCCACUGUGUACUCUCUGUUUAGAGCCAAAUAGCAUUCUAGUUUGCUCUGUUUUUUUGUUGAUUCUUUCUAAUGUGUCAAAUAGUUAUAUUUUAGUUUUCUCAUGAUUUAGUUGGGUCUAAUUGUGUUGCUGUCCUGGGGCUCCGUGGGGUCUGUUUGUGUUUGUGAGGAGAGUCACCGUACCAGCUGGCAGAGGGGACUCUUCUCCAGGUUCAUCUCUCUGUAGGUGAGGGCUUUGUUAUGGAAGGUUUGAGAAUCACUUAUUUUUAGGUGGUUGUGACUUUAAUUGCGCUUUUCUGGAUUUUGAUAAUUAGCGGGAAUUGUCCUAAUUCUGCUCUGCAUGCAUUGUAGCUCAAUUGGUAGAGCACGGCGCUUGUAACGCCAGGGUAGUGGGUUUGAUCCCCGGGACCACCCAUACAUAAAAAUUUAUGCACACAUGACUGUAAGUCGCUUUGGAUAAAAGCGUCUGCUAAAUGGCAUAUUAUAUUAUAUUAUAUUAUAUUAUAUUAUAUACAUGGAGGGUAAUUUUGCAGAAUUUUGCAUGCAGAUUCUCAAUUUGGUGUUUGUCCCAUUUUGUGAAUUCUUGGUUGGUGAGUAGAUCCCAGACCUCACAACCAUAAAGGACAAUGGGUUCUAUAACUGAUUCAAGUAUUUUAAGCCAGAUCCUAAUUGGGAUGUCAAAUUUUAUGUUCCUUUUGAUGGCAUAGAAGGCCCUUCUUGCCUUGUCUCUCAGAUCGUUCACAGCUUUGUGGAAGUUACCUGUGGCGCUGAUGUUUAGGCCGAGGUAUGUAUAGUUUUUUUGUUUGCUAUAGGGCAAUGGUGUCUAGAUGGAAUUUGUAUUUACGGUCCUGGCAACUGGACCUCUUUUGGAACACCAUUAGUUUUGUCUAACUGAGAUUUACUGUCAGGGCCCAGGUCUGACAGAAUCUGUGCAGAAGAUCUAGGUGCUGCUGUAUUUUGUAUUUAUUUGUAUUUAUUAGGGAUCAGCUACUCUUCCUGGGGUCCAAACAUAUUAAAACACUUACAUUACAUAUAAUACAAAAGAUAAAACAGUACAUCAUAUAACAUUAUUACACCACUACAUAUCUACAAUACAAAAUGUUUAAUACCACCAUACAACAAUAUCACAAUGUGUGCGUAUGCAUGUGUCUAUACCUUUGUGUGUGUCUCUUCACAGUCCCCAUUGUUCCAUAAGGUGUAUUUUUACCUGUUUUUAAAAUCUGAUUCUACUGCUUGCAUCAGUUACCUGAUGUGGAAUAGAGUUCCAUGUAGUCAUGGCUCUAUGUAGUACUGUGGGCCUCUCAUAGUCUGUUCUGGACUUGGGGACUGUGAAGAGACCUCUGUUGGCAUGUCUUGUGGGGUAUGCAUGGGUUUCCGAGCUGUGUGAUAGUAGUUUAAACAGACUUCUCGGUACAGUCAGCUUGUUAACACCUCUUACAAAAACAAGCAGUGAUGAAGUCAAUCUCUCUUCCACUCUAAGCCAGGAGAGACUGACAUGCAUGUCGUUAAUGUUAGCUCUCCGUGUACUUUUAAGGGUCAGCCGUGCUGCCCUGUUCUGAGCCAACUGCAAUUUUCCCAAGUCCCUCCUUGUGGCACCUGACCACACAACUGAACAGUAGUCUAGGUGCGACAAAACUAGGGCCUGUAGGACCUGCCUUGUUGAUAGUGUUGUUAAGAAGGCAGAGCAACGCAUUAUUAUGGACAUACUUCUCCCCAUCCUAUCUACUGUUGUAUCAAUAUGCUUUGACCAUGACAGUCUAAAAUCCAGGGUUACUCCAAGCAGUUUAGUCACCUCAACUUGCUCAAUUUCCACAUGAUUCAUUACGAGAUGUAGUUGAGGUUUAGGGUUUAGUGAAUGAUUUGACCCAAAUACAAUGCUUUUAGUUUUUUUUUAUAUUUAGGACUAACUAAUUCCUUGCCACCCAUUCCGAAACUAACUGCAACUCUUUAAGUGUUGCAGUUAUUGCAGUUGCAGUAGUAGCUGACGUGUAUAGUGUUGAGUCAUCCGCAUACAUAGACACACUCGCUUUACUCAAGGCCAGUGGCAUGUCAUUAGUAAAGAUGGAAAAAAGUAAGGGCCAUAGACAGCUGCCCUGGGGAAUUCCUGAUUCUACCUGGAUUAUGUUGGGGAGGCUUCCAUUAAAGAACACCCUCUGUGUUCUGCUAGACAGGUAGCUCUUUAUCCACAAUAUAGCAGGGGGUGUAAAGCCACAACACAUACGUUUUUCCAGCAACAGACUAUGAUCGAUAAUGUCAAAAGCCGCACUGAAGUCUAACAAAACAGCCCCCACAAUAUUUUUAUCAUCAAUUUCUCUCAGCCAAUCAUCAGUAAUUUCUGUAAGUGCUGUGCUUGUUGAAUGUCCUUCUCUAUAAGCAUGCUGAACGUUUGUUGUCAAUUUGUUUACUGUAAAAUAGCAUUGUAUCUGGUCAAACACAAUUAUUUCCAAUAGUUUACUAAGGGUUGGUAACAGGCUGAUUGGUCGGCUGUUUGAGCCAGUAAAGGGUGCUUUACUAUUCUUAGGUAGCGGAAUGACUUUUGCUUCCCUCCAAGCCUUGGGGCACACACAUUCUAGUGGGCUUAAAUUGAAAAUAUGGCAAAUAGGAGUGGCAAUAUCGUCCGCUAUUAUCCUCAGCAAUUUUCCAUCCAAGUUGUCAGACCCCGGUGGCUUGUCAUUGUUAAUAGACAACAAUAAUUUGUUCACCUCUCCUCUCCACACUCUCUACACUCACUUUACGGAAUUCAAAAUUACACAAUGCUUCUCUUUCAUAAUUUGGUCAGAUGUACUUGGAUGUGUAGUAUCAGCAAUUGUUGCUGGCAUGUCAUGCCUAAGUUUGCUAAUCUUGCCAGUGAAAAAAAUAUUAAAGUAGUUGGCAAUAUCAGUUGGUUUUGUGAUGAAUGCGCAAUCUGAUUCAAUGAAUGAUGGAGCUGAGUUUGCCUUUUUUUCCAACAUUUCAUUUAAGGUGCUCCAAAGGUUUUUACUAUCAUUCUUUAUGUCAUUUAUCUUUGUUUCAUAGUGUAGUUUCUUCUUCUUUUUAUUCAGUUUAGUCACAUGAUUUCUCAAUUUGCAAUACGUUUGCCAAUCGGUUGUGCAGCCAGACUUAUUUGCCAUUCCUUUUGCCUCAUCCCUCUCAACCAUACAAUUUUUCAAUUCCUCAUCAAUCCACGGGGAUUUAACUGUUUUUACAGUCAUUUUCUUAAUGGGUGCAUGCUUAUUAGUAACUGGAAUAAGCAAUUUCAUAAAUAUGUCAAGUGCAGUGUCUGUUUGCUCCUCAUUACACACCACGGACCAACAAAUAUUAUUUACAUCAACAACAUAGGAAUCACUACAAAACGUAUUGUAUUACCUCUUAUGCACUAUAUUAGGCCCAGCCUUUGGAACUUUGGUUUUCCUAGAUAUGGCUACUAUAUUGUGAUCACUACAUCCAAUUGAUUUGGAUACUGCUUUCAAACAAAUCUCUGCAGCAUUAGUAAAGAUAUGAUCAAUACAUGUUGAUGAUUUUAAUUCCUAUACUGUUGGGAACUACCCUGGUAGGUUGACUGAUAACCUGAACCAGGUUGCAGGCACUGGUUACAGUUUGAAGCUUUCUCUUGAGUGGGCAGCUUGAUGAAAGCCAGUCAAUAUUUAAAUCACCCAGAAAGUAUACCUCUCUAUUGAUAUUGAUAUUUACAUUUUAGUCAUUUAGCAGAUGCUCUUAUCCAGAGCGACUUACAGGAGCAAUUAGGGUUAAUUGCCUUGCUCAAGGGCACAUCGACAGAUUUUUCACCUAGUCGGCUCGGGGAUUAGAACCAGCAACCUUUCGGUUACUGGCACAAUGCUCUUAACCACUAAGUUACCUGCCGCCGAUAUCACAUACAUUAUCAAGCAUUUCACACGUUAUCCAGAUACUGACUGUCAGCACUUGGUGGUCUAUAGCAGCUUCCCACCAGAAUUGGCUUUAGGUGAGGCAGAUGAACCUGUAGCCAUAUUACUUCAACAAUAUUUAACAUGAGAUCCUCUCUAAUCUUCACAGGAAUGUGGUUCUGAAUAUAAACAGCAACACCUCCACCAUUGGCUUUUCUGUAAAUGUUAUAACCUUGUAUUGCUACAACUGUAUCAUCAAAGGUAUUAUCUAAGUAAGUUUCAGAGUCAGAAUAUAAAUGUAAUCUGUUACUAGCAAAUUAUUGAUUUCAUGAACCUUGUUUCUUAAGCUACAUAUGUUAACGUGGGCUAUUUUGAGCACUUUUCUUCUGGGAUGCUUACUUGUUUUUAUUGCUUUAUUGGGAAGCUUAGCAGCAGUAGAUGUGCUCAUGUUCUUUAUGUUAGUGCAGGGUGAGCUGCACACAGUGGACUUCCUCCUCAGGCACACCGGCUCAGUGCUAACAGUAUAAAUCUGGUUCUUAGGCACAUGAUUACUGCAUACAAUAGCUGUAGGAUCAGCAGAGGCAUUCAGGGCAGUUAGAGGGACAUAAAUUAGGUUACUUAUAUUGUGUUUACCGGCGCCCCUGAUGUAAUGAACAUUUGCUGAAGCAUUUUGACAACUGUGUCACAAAGGUAGGGAUUAGCUAAGCUGGGCUUGGGUCAUUGCUAAGUCAUUGUCUCAACGCAGCCUUAUAAUGCUGUGAAAGGAUCCAGGAACCCAAAUGAUUUGGGUGGAUCCCAUCCUCCUUAUAAAACGUGUUUUGUUUCCAAAAGGUAUCGAAAUUGUCAACAAAAGUUACACCCAUUGAGCUGCAAUAAUCACAUAGCCAGUUGUGAAGAACAAGAAUCCUGCUAAAGCAUUCAAUGCCACGAUUCAGAGAGGGCACAGGGCCAGAUAUGAUGGGUUUUUUGUUAGUAUCUAGCAGAGCUCUUUAAAAUCCAGUUUCAACUGUUCAGAGCUGCCCUUUGUAAUGUCAUUAAAACGUAGUACAUUCGGGAGCAGCUUAGUAAUGUCAUUUACCCGAGCUCCGGGAUAGGACAUUGUUUUUGCACCAGGAACGGUCACAUUUCUUACCAUGGAGCUGCCCAAAAUCACGGCUGGGGAGAAGGAUGAGGAAAUCCGCCCAUUCCCACGCUUCACAGGAUGCAGGCCUCCGACAGAUGGAGAAGCCCCGCUCGAUCCAGAGCAGGGACAGAAAGUUGCCGAUGUCAACUUCGAAAUCGUAGUAGUAAGCACUGCGGCCGCAGACACAGGCACCCCCAGCAACGAAGGUGCAGGAAGAUCAGGCUCUAGUACGGCGAAACUACUCGUUGUUUGUAUCCGCUCCGGGCCUCUCGUUGGGAGUGUAGACUGCUUUGCGGGAGGUCGCUGUCUUCGGCUCCACGGCUCAUGACAUGCGACCAUCGUUGAUUGCUUUUCUCCUUAUGAUGUGCUCCUUCGACGGCGCUAUCAGAUGGGGGAGCACCGGGCAACACCGGCCAGUCGGAUAAUGACCAACGACAAGGCGGAGAUGCAUCCAACAAGCGCGAACGCCAUCCAGCCACUGGUGUAGAAAAUGUAAACAUUCCACUCUGCGUUUUCCCCAGUUUCUUACGUAGGCUGGCGACCUGCGUGAUCAAGGAAGCCACCUCAAGCCUAUUAUCCUCGGCAACUCCGAGUGUUCCCGUUUGUCUCAAAACAAAGCGUAAUAGAUACAGCUCAUACAGCGUUGGAACCGUUCAUUUUUCUCCAGACAAAGAGGGCUCCAUUGCAAAACUCAUCUGGUACCAACUUCGUUAGCUUGAUGGCUAGCAGCUUAGCGUCUCUGUCAAGCAGGCUUAAACCUGUCUUUUUAAACGGGAUUCCGGGACAAGAAAUAGCGGCCCUAGCUGUUAAAAGCUAACCGCGUUGUGGAAUCCACGCAAAAACAAGUUAUGUAUUCGUAUUUAUGAAUAGCAUUUUUGUUUUUAUCAAAAAUAACAAACCAAGUAUUUUCCAGCAUACAAUAUUCAGCUGUGCACUCUGAUGACGUCAACAUGUAUAUCCUCUGGGAGCGUUGUGGUGUUGGAGCGACAGACGGACAUCUCAUCUCCUUGGUUGUAGGCCCUCCUUGGUUAUCGACAGAAGCACCAGAUAAUCAGCAAACAGUAGACAUUUGACUUCAGAUUCUAGUAGGGUGAGGCCGGGUGCUGCAGACUGUUCUAGUGCCCUCGCCAAUUCAUUGAUAUACUGUAUAUAUGUUGAAGAGGGUGGGUCUCAAGCUGCAUCCUUGUCUCACCCCACGGCCCUGAGGAAAGAAAUCUGUGUUUUUUGCCAGUUUUAACCGCACACUAGUUGUUUGUAUACAUGGAUUUUAUAAUGUUGUAUGUUUUCCCCCCAACACCACUUUCCAUCAAUUUAUACAGCAGACCCUCAUGCCAAAUUGAGUCAAAAGCUUUUUUGAAAUCAACGAAGCAUGAGAAGACUUUGCUUUUUGUUUGUUUGUCAAUAAGGGUGUGCAGGGUGAAUACGUGGUCUGUCGUACGGUAGUUUGGUAAAAGGCCAAUUUUGAUAUUUGCUCAGUACAUUGUUUUGACUGAGGAAAUGUACGAGUCUGCUGUUAAUGAUAAUGCAGAGGAUUUUCCCAAGGUAGUUAUUGGGGUCAAAUUUGUCUCCACUUUUGUGGAUUGGGGUGAUCAGUCCUUGGUUCCAAAUAUUGGGGAAGAUGCCAGAGCUGAGGAUGAUGUUUAAGAGUUAAUUAGCCAAUUGAAAUUUGUGGUCUGUAUAUUUUAUCAUUUAAUUUAGGAUACCAUCAACACCACAGGCCCUUUUGGGUUGAAGAGUUUGUAUUUUGUCCUGUAGUUCCUUCAAUUUAAUUGGAGAAUCCAGUGGGUUCUGGUAGUCCUUAAUAGCUAACUAAGAUUUUUAAUUGAUCAUGUAUAUAUUUUUGCUGUUUGUUCUUUGUUAUAGAGCCAAAAAGAUUGGAGAAGUGGUUUAUCCAUACAUCUCCGUUUUGGAUAGAUAACUCUUUAUGUUGUUGUUAGUUUAGUGUUUUCCAAUGUUCCCAGAAGUGGUUAGAUUCUAUGGAUUCUUCAAUUACAUCUCUCUCCAUCUCUUCUUUCUCCUGGGUCCAGUGGGCCCCAAAUGUGCAUUAUACUAAGGUUGUGUCCCAAAUGUGUAUUUGUAUUUAUUAUGGAUCCCCAUUAGCUGCUGCCAAGGCACUCUAUCCCCUACACAUAGUGUAGUAAUUUUGACCAGAGUUACAGAUUUUGACUGGGUUACAAAUGUUAUCAUAUCCUUCCUUUUCCAUCAGUGUUUUCUUGUGUUUAACUCUCCCAUGUGUAUGCCAUGUUUAUGCCUGCCUUUCAGAUUUGAACUCUUUUUUUUCCCAUGUAUCUUGAGUUAUUGAGUGCUUUGUGUUCUGUCUGUCUGUGUGUGUGUGUGUGCACGUGUGUGUGUGUGCGUGUGCGUGUGUCCAUCCUACUAGGUGGAGGAGGCUAAGAUCCAGAUUGGGGACCCUGAGUUGAGGAGGCUGCUAGGCCUGACCACGGCUGACCUGCGUUUCGCUGACUACCUGGUCAAACACGUGACAGAGAACCGUGAGGACGUGUUUCUGGAUGGGACCGGCUGGGAGGGAGGGGACGAGUGGAUCAGGGCCCAGUUUGGACUCUACAUACACUCCCUACUUUCAUCCACCUUGCAAGAAGGUAUUGCACUUGCAAGGAUUCGAUUUUUACAGUUUUUCAUCAGCAAUCAUCUUCUAUUCGACCCCUCAUUGAAAUGGAUCUACUCAAACUAAUAUUCUAUUUUUUCCGGUUUUCUAUGAUUUCCUUAGCACAGCUCUGAACUUGGUUACUAAUCUUUCCCUCACUCAGUCUAUAGAUUAAUAUCUGAUUCGCACAGAGAAAAGCAUUUGUUUCAGAGGAUUUCACAACAAAAUGCUGUGUGUGUGUCUGUGUGUGUCUGUGUGUCUGUGUGUCUGUGUCUGUGUGUCAAGAUAAUGAGAAGUUGCUAGCGGACUGGGGCGCUCCCUUCAUCUCUGCCUGGAGGAUCACACACAACUACAGAGUGUGGUUCAUCAACAACCACCCAGCCAUGGCCGAUAUCACCCCAGGGUAAGAGAGACAUUCUGGGGGUAGUAGAGUCUCUGGCUGAGAUCACCCCAGGGUAAGAGAGACAUUCUGGGGGUUGUAGAGGUUCUGGAUGUGGUAGCUGGGCGUAGUCUCUGGCCGAUAUCACCCCAGGGUAAGAUGGAACCCUAUUCACUGCCCUAUAAUGGGAGGUGGUAGCUGGCUGUUGCAUUGGUCAUCUUUAGUGCCUUCUAAAUGAAAAAUAUGUGGACGUUUUGACUUGGAUAAAUAACGUGUGUUAUUUCCUCUUUUCUCAGCCAUCCGUUCCAAGGACAGUACAGUGCUGCUGAUCUGAAAUUAAGGUUUUCACAGUGAGUACUUCAGUCUUCAUUGAAAUCUAUUGAUUAUCGUUAUACCUAUCUGUAAUAGAGGGUAUAUCACACAAUGUAAUCAUUGACAUGACAAUCUCACAAAAACAUGCAGAUUUCUGCACCCCCCCAGUGGUGAAGUUUGGUAGUUUAUAUACCAGGUAGAAUGUGGCAUAAUGCAGAUUCAUCAUAAAAAAUACAUUUUCACUGCUUCUCUAUGCCUUGCUAUUUCCAAGUACUGAAAAAAAGGCUGUGGCCUAUUCCAUCAACUCAGUGGCGUUGUGGUUAGUGUCAGCCCUAAGAUUGGAAGGAUGGGAGUUUGAUCCCCGGCUGAGUCAUACCAAAGAAUGUAAAAAUGGGACCCAAUGUGUCUCUACUUGGCACUCAGCAUUAAGGGGAUAGAUUGGGGGUAAGGCCUUACGAUAGACUACAGUCCUGUCCAGGGGGUGUAUUCUACAGAAACAGGAGGUAGAUUGGGGGUAAGGCCUUACGAUAGACUACAGUCCUGUCCAGGGGGUGUAUUCUACAGAAACAGGAGGUAGAUUGGGGGUAAGGCCUUACGAUAGACUACAGUCCUGUCCAGGGGGUGUAUUCUACAGAAACAGGAGGUAGAUUGGGGGUAAGGCCCUACGAUAGACUACAGUCCUGUCCAGGGGGUGUAUUCUACAGAAACAGGAGAUAGAUUGGGGGUAAGGCCCUACGAUAGACUACAGCCCUGUCCAGGGGGUGUAUUCUACAGAAACAGGAGGUAGGCUCCUACUCCUAUGAGCCAUUCCCACUCGCACAAGCCAAGGUUACUUCCUUACUUAUGAGAUGAGCAGAGAUGUCCACAAGUCCAAGUCGACUCUUUUGAGGGAAGUUGAAGUCAAGUCAUAUUGUUGAGGACCAGCAGGUAUAAAUCAGGGUAAAUGAAUGAAAACCAAUGUUUUUCCCUCAGUGUGUAGACCUAGACCAGGGAUUAAGCAAAUCAACCUGCCAUCUUGCUAAAUUGUAUUCAGAGUGAAGUGGGAAUAUGAAUCCCAAACAAAGUGGACAUCCCGACUGCUCCAACACAGCACCAUGAUGUCACUAACUCCUUAUAUAUUGACCAUAUUCUAAACUGGGAUAAAGGAAUGAGAGGCCUGCACACAGAAUAUAGCUGAUUCCCAGUGAUGGAUCCCUGCACCUAAAUAUACUGUACAUUACAUAUACUACAUUUCUACCUAAUCUGUAUCCGUUUUUAGCCCAGCACCGGUAGUCUCAAGUUUAGGAUGGGCCUAUCGCCCUCCCUUCCUCCAUGUUCUAAACUCCGUCUUCUAAACUUCAUGUUCUUCUGUAACAUAGCAAGGUGCCAUGUUUCACUGCAAUCACACGUGAUUUCACAGAGUACUAAGCUACUAAUAACUGUGCUCUGCUUGUGAUGGUGGUAAAGAAAGACACCAGGUCUCAUAUUUUGCUCCGUCCAUUAAUUAUGACAGAGGCGGGGUGCUUGGGUUACGUUCCAGGAAGUGUAUAGGAAAUGCGAUCCCGCCGUGCGUUGACUGAACCCGGGGCACCAUCUCCAGCCCCGUCUCGUAAGGCUACACUCCAGACGUUUUCCCCCUACCUCCACCUUAUGGCUGCGUCCCAAAUGGUAUCCUGUUCCCUAUAUAGUGCACUACUUUUGACCAGGGUCCAUAGGGGAUAGAAUGCACUAUAUAGGGAAUAGGGUGCCAUUUGGGAUGGAUGCCAUGAGUCUUCAUCCGUAACUUCUCUAUUGAUAGCUUUAUGGUGAGAACAUGGAGAGAUCUGCUUUAUGGUGAGAACAUGUAGAGAUCUGCUUUAUGGUGAGAACAUGGAGAGAUCUGCUUUAUGGUGAGAACAUGGAGAGAUCUGCUUGGUGGUGAGAACAUGGAGAGAUCUGCUUUAUGGAGAGAUCUGCUUUAUGGUGAGAACAUGGAGAGAUCUGCUUUAUGGUGAGAACAUGGAGAGAUCUGCUUGGUGGUGAUAUAUGGAGAGAUCUGCUUUAUGGUGAGAACAUGGAGAGAUCUGCUUUAUGGUGAGAACAUGGAGAGAUCUGCUUUAUGGUGAGAACAUGGAGAGAUCUGCUUGGUGGUGAGAACAUGGAGAGAUCUGCUUUAUGGUGAGAACAUGGAGAGAUCUGCUUGGUGGUGAUUUAUGGAGAGAUCUGCUUUAUGGUGAGAACAUGGAGAGAUCUGCUUGGUGGUGAGAACAUGGAGAGAUCUGCUUGGUGGUGAUUUAUGGAGAGAUCUGCUUGGUGGUGAGAACAUGGAGAGAUCUGCUUUAUGGUGAGAACAUGGAGAGAUCUGCUUUAUGGUGAGAACAUGGAGAGAUCUGCUUGGUGGUGAGAACAUGGAGAGAUCUGCUUGGUGGUGAUAUAUGGAGAGAUCUGCUUGGUGGUGAUUUAUGGAGAGAUCUGCUUUAUGGUGAGAACAUGGAGAGAUCUGCUUGGUGGUGAUUUAUGGAGAGAUCUGCUUGGUGGUGAUUUAUGGAGAGAUCUGCUUGGUGGUGAGAACAUGGAGAGAUCUGCUUUAUGGUGAGAACAUGGAGAGAUCUGCCUGGUGGUGAGAACAUGGAGAGAUCUGCUUUAUGGUGAGAACAUGGAGAGAUCUGCUUUAUGGUGAGAACAUGGAGAGAUCUGCUUUAUGGUGAGAACAUGGAGAGAUCUGCUUUAUGGUGAGAAUAUGGAGAGAUCUGCUUUAUGGUGAGAACAUGGAGAGAUCUGCUUUAUGGAGAGAACAUGGAGAGAUCUGCUUUAUGGUGAGAACAUGGAGAGAUCUGCUUUAUGGUGAGAACAUGGAGAGAUCUGCUUUAUGGUGAGAACAUGGAGAGAUCUGCUUUAUGGUGAGAACAUGGAGAGAUCUGCUUGGUGGUGAGAACAUGGAGAGAUCUGCUUGGUGGUGAACAGAGCAGAAAAUAACUUCAGAAACUCUCUCAGAACUAAGUGAAUAACUUCGAUAUGUUAUGGAUGUUUUUUUAUGUGUACGUGUACGUUUUUUAUGACGCUUCAUAAUGAUAAGUAUCAGGUCAUUCAAAGUCCCUGCUAUACUCUGAUAGUGUUAGACACUGAUAAUCAACCUGUUGCAUUACUGUAAAGGCUGCCAUGCAUUGGUACAGUGAGAGUUCAGGGGAGUAGCCAGGUGUGAGAAGUUUGUUGUGGAGGUGAGGUUGCUGCUACAAGGUGUGUUAGUGGAACAUGAUGGGGUGAGUCUCAGAAGGAACCUUAUUCCCUACGUAGUACACUACUUUUGACCAGAGCCCUAUUGAGUGUACAGUGCCAUUUGGGUGCUGAAGGGGUGUGUGUGUGUUGUGUGUUAAAUCCCCUGCACUAUAAACUCUGGAUAUAGCAGGCUGGGUGUAGAGUCAUAGGGGAAGUCCCAAAUGGCACCCUGUUCCCUUCAUAGUGCGCUUCCUUUGACCCAUAGGGCUCUGUUAAAAAAAUUAGUAGAGCACUGUGUAGGGCAUUUGGGACGCAUCCGUCAGGCAGGAAGUUUGGCAGUUGGCCAUCUAAGCUUCUGAGGAAUAAAUGCAACUCAUUUCCUGCCUCCAGCAUUGUAGCCUGGGUUCCUUUCUACACAGGAACACUGGGGGUUUUUCAGCUUCAUCUCACGAUCUCCUUCCUUCCACUGUGACUGUCUUUAGAUGGGUCUGAGUCAUGUGUUGAUUGGCAUUGUGUGUGUGUGUGGCUUCCCUCCCGUCACUGACAGAUGGACAAAAGAAAACACACAGCUUAGAUCAGGGCAGUGUUCAGUAGGGAAAACAUAGCAAACUCUUUUUCAAGGGGAAAUGGACAUCUGUAUUCUUAUUGGACAAGUCUUGGUAGUACCUUCCCAUUUUUCAUUCUGUUUCGAAAAAUAUUUUGUCCCAUACUGAAUAUGACCCAUGAGGUUCUAUCUCACCACCAUCUCACACAGAGGCCUGCGUGUGUGUUCCUUCCUGUCUGGACUUUCACUCUCACCUCACAUGAUGAAUAGUGUUUGUCCAAAUCUGACUUCCUGGUGAGAGAGAGUGCUGAAUGUGUUGUGUAGCAUCUAUAUCAUACUGUUAGGUUGGUUCAACACAGCUCUCCUAUUCAUCUAGAUCAUACUGUUAGGUUGGUUCAACACAGCUCCCCUAUUCAUCUAGAUCAUACUGUUAGGUUGGUUCAACACAGCUCUCCUAUUCAUCUAGAUCAUACUGUUAGGUUGGUUCAACACAGCUCCCCUAUUCAUCUAGAUCAUACUGUUAGGUUGGUUCAACACAGCUCCCCUAUUCAUCUAGAUCAUACUGUUAGGUUGGUUCAACACAGCUCUCCUAUUCAUCUAGAUCAUACUGUUAGGUUGGUUCAACACAGCUUUCCUAUUCAUCUAGAUCAUACUGUUAGGUUGGUUCAACACAGCUCCCCUAUUCAUCUAGAUCAUACUGUUAGGUUGGUUCAACACAGCUCUCCUAUUCAUCUAGAUCAUACUGUUAGGUUGGUUCAACACAGCUCUCCUAUUCAUCUAGAUCAUACUGUUAGGUUGGUUCAACACAGCUCCCCUAUUCAUCUAGAUCAUACUGUUAGGUUGGUUCAACACAGCUCCCCUAUUCAUCUAGAUCAUACUGUUAGGUUGGUUCAACACAGCUCUCCUAUUCAUCUAGAUCAUACUGUUAGGUUGGUUCAACACAGCUCUCCUAUUCAUCUAGAUCAUACUGUUAGGUUGGUUCAACACAGCUCCCCUAUUCAUCUAGAUCAUACUGUUAGGUUGGUUCAACACAGCUCUCCUAUUCAUCUAGAUCAUAAUGUUAGGUUGGUUCAACACAGCUCCCCUAUUCAUCUAGAUCAUACUGUUAGGUUGGUUCAACACAGCUCUCCUAUUCAUCUAGAUCAUACUGUUAGGUUGGUUCAACACAGCUCUCCUAUUCAUCUAGAUCAUACUGUUAGGUUGGUUCAACACAGCUCUCCUAUUCAUCUGUCCCUAUAUCCUCUGUAGCUCAGCUGGUAGAGCACGGCGCGUGUAACGCCAAGGUAGUGGGUUCGAUCCCCGGGACCACCCAUACACAAAAAUGUAUGCACGCAUGACUGUAAGUCGCUUUGGAUAAAAGCGUCUGCUAAAUGGCAUAUUAUUAUUAUUAUUAUCUUGUUGCAUACAACAAGCGCUCCACUGACAGAGAGAGAGGGAGAGAUUUUCUUCUUUUUUUUUUUUUUUUUUUGGAAAACAGCCACGUGACUGCAUGACUUUGUGCCGGGCCUGGAGGAAGAGGACUGGAGUCCAGGGCUGGCUGCCGACCGUCGCUAUGCCAACAGACAGGGGGAUCUGUUUUAUUGUGAGGUGUGAGCGGGCUGGACGGGGCAGGGCUGUUUAUUUGGGUCAGGCAGUGUAGUGAGACAGUGAUGUUUGGGCAUGUCAGUCUGUCUGUGUCGGAGCUCUGGCGCUGCAUUGGUAUCGCGGAGAGAGAGAGAGAGAGAGAGAUAGAGAGAGAGAGAUCUGUGGUGUGUCACUGUGAGAGACUGAGGCUCCAUACAUCAGGUAUAAAAGGUGCAGUGAAAUGCUUACAUGCAAGCUCCCUCAACAUUGCAGUACAAUUAUCAAUAAUAAGUAGGGGUGUAGAAUAUCUCUCCUCUGGCCGGCCAGGGGCAGUAGGGGUGUAGAAUAUCUCUCCUCUGGCCGGCCAGGGGCAGUAGGGGUGUAGAAUAUCUCUCCUCUGGCCGGCCAGGGGCAGUAGGGGUGUAGAAUAUCUCUCCUCUGGCCGGCCAGGGGCAGUAGGGGUGUAGAAUAUCUCUCCUCUGGCCGGCCAGGGGCAGUAGGGGUGUAGAAUAUCUCUCCUCUGGCCGGCCAGGGGCAGUAGGGGUGUAGAAUAUCUCUCCUCUGGCCGGCCAGGGGCAGUAGGGGUGUAGAAUAUCUCUCCUCUGGCCGGCCAGGGGCAGUAGGGGUGUAGAAUAUCUCUCCUCUGGCCGGCCAGGGGCAGUAGGGGUGUAGAAUAUCUCUCCUCUGGCCGGCCAGGGGCAGUAGGGGUGUAGAAUAUCUCUCCUCUGGCCGGCCAGGGGCAGUAGGGGUGUAGAAUAUCUCUCCUCUGGCCGGCCAGGGGCAGUAGGGGUGUAGAAUAUCUCUCCUCUGGCCGGCCAGGGGCAGUAGGGGUGUAGAAUAUCUCUCCUCUGGCCGGCCAGGGGCAGUAGGGGUGUAGAAUAUCUCUCCUCUGGCCGGCCAGGGGCAGUAGGGGUGUAGAAUAUCUCUCCUCUGGCCGGCCAGGGGCAGUAGGGGUGUAGAAUAUCUCUCCUCUGGCCGGCCAGGGGCAGUAGGGGUGUAGAAUAUCUCUCCUCUGGCCGGCCAGGGGCAGUAGGGGUGUAGAAUAUCUCUCCUCUGGCCGGCCAGGGGCAGUAGGGGUGUAGAAUAUCUCUCCUCUGGCCGGCCAGGGGCAGUAGGGGUGUAGAAUAUCUCUCCUCUGGCCGGCCAGGGGCAGUAGGGGUGUAGAAUAUCUCUCCUCUGGCCGGCCAGGGGCAGUAGGGGUGUAGAAUAUCUCUCCUCUGGCCGGCCAGGGGCAAUAGGGGUGUAGAAUAUCUCUCCUCUGGCCGGCCAGGGGCAGUAGGGAGGUAUAAUAUCUAUUUUCUGGCCGACCUGGCAAAAUAGAAUUGCAGUAAACUUGCUUUAAAACGUCAAAAUGUUCUCUCCGCCCUAUGGCAAAAUGUGUCGAGUUGCAGGAAAUUAACUCUUAAACGUUUUUAUUUUCUCUCAGCGGCCUGUAUCCUGUAUGUAGUGUACUACUGUAGUACUGUGAUAAUGCAGUACUGUGGUACUGUAGUACUGUAGUGCUGUAGUACUGUGAUACUGUAGUACUGUGAUACUGUAGUACUGUGAUAAUGUAGUACUGUAGUACUGUGAUACUGUAGUACUGUGAUAAUGCAGUACUGUGGUACUGUGAUAAUGCAGUACUGUGGUACUGUGAUACUAGUGCCAACCAUAGCAGGUGCCAGGUAGGGAGGGGUCACAGAGGGGGGGGGGGGGGUCACAGAGGGCACUGAUGUUGACGUGGAAGGGACGACAGCUGAAUUCCAAAUAGACCCCUAGCCCCUACCCCCUACUCCCUAGCCCCUACCCCCUAGGCAUUCCUGUAGAUGUGAGAGGUUUGGAUUGGUCUAUGGCUAAGUAAUAUCGGGAAACUUCUACCAAGCCAAUGCCAUAAGGCUUAUCUAUCCUCUUCUCAAUGAGGUUAAUAAGAAGAGUUGAUAGUUAUAUCUAUCCAAUCAUUAGACCAGGACCAGUGGCCAUCUUGGCACUGUAAUGUUGACAUGUGUGUUGACAUCUGGGUGCUUUAGAAAGACAACCAGGCUGGAUUUAGUUGUGUAUUUGUUGUGAAAUGUACCCGGGAUAACAUCCGGCCACUCCAGCUCAGGUUGGCUGGCUGGGUGGGAUAAUUAGAUCCCACCACCUGUGACCGUCUCUCAACUUCUCCUUCUGUAGAGUUCUACUAUAACGGGCUGUAGUAACACACACAGUGUUUAGAUAGAGCACUACUGUUUGUUUCUCGGAGGAGCGGAGAAAUGUCACACUGCUACCCAGGGUUUAUAUCUGGGUGCCACAUGGUUGGUGGGUUGGUUGGUUGUGACUGAGUAGCCAUUCUGUUUUCUCUCUGUGAAUUUCAGCUCGGUGCAGAACAGUGAACGGGGAAAGAAGAUGGGGGCAGCUGUGAUCACCACCAGUCGGAGUGUUGUGCAGACUGGAAAGGCAGUAGGUGAGACAGACAAUCCGACUCUCUAGCCAACCCUUCCCCAGUGAGACAGACAGACGGUCUCUCUAGCCAACCCUUCCCCAGUGAGACAGACAGACACUCUCUAGCCAACCCUUCCCCAGUGUGACAGACAGACACUCUCUAGCCAACCCUUCCACAGUGAGACAGACAGACACUCUAGCCAACCCUUCCACAGUGAGACAGACAGUCUCUCUAGCCAACCCUUUCCCAGUGAGACAGACAGACACUCUCUAGCCAACCAUUCCCCAGUGAGACAGACAGACACUCUAGCCAACCCUUUCCCAGUGAGACAGACGGUCUCUCUAGCCAACCCUUCCCCAGUGAGACAGACAGACGGUCUCUCUAGCCAACCCUUCCGGCAGUGAGACAGACAGACACUCUCUAGCCAACCCUUCCCCAGUGAGACAGACGGUCUCUCUAGCCAACCCUACCCCAGUGAGACAGACAGACGGUCUCUGUAGCCAACCCUUCCACAGUGAGACAGACAAUCCGACUCUCUAGCCAACCCUUCCCCAGUGAGACAGACACACUCUCUAGCCAACCCUACCCCAGUGAGACAGACAGACGGUCUCUGUAGCCAACCCUUCCCCAGUGAGACAGUCAGUCUCUCUAGCCAACCCUUCCCCAGUGAGACAGUCAGUCUCUCUAGCCAACCCUUUCCCAGUGAGACAGACAGACAGUCUAUUUGUAUACAGUAAAUGGGGUUGCAUAAUUUUGAUAACUUUCCCAGAAUUCCUCGGUUUUCCAGAAAUCCUGGUUGGAAGAUUUACUGAAUCAGGAGGGAAUAAACAGGACAUCCGGAAUCCUGCAAACAAAAUGUCUGGAAAACCUGGGAUUCUGGGGGAAAAGUUACUGUAAUUUUGCAACCCUUAACAAUACAGUAGUUUAUAUGUAAUCCCUCCUGUCUCCAUCCUCCAGGUCAGUCGGUGGGUGGAGCUCUGACCAGCGCUAAGUCAGCCAUGUCCUCCUGGUUCUCUAUGUUGGCACAGCCAGCUACCGUACCCACGCCAGAGCCUCCGUUACCUACAGAGACCAAGCCUUGACCACCUGCCUGCCUACCUGUCCCCCUCACCCAAUCUGUCUCUUCUCACAGAAGCUGAGUGUGCGGAGUGCCCCGAGUCUAGCGGGAGAGACUAGGGUUAACCUAACCCCUCUCCCCCCAACAGUCCUCCCCUGACUCUCUCAAUUCAUCUUUCCUUGAUUUCUUGCAUUCUUUAUCCUCAACCUCAUUGGAGAAGCAAGUCAGAGGGGAGGGAUCUUGGACCGUGUCCUCCAAUACGGUUGAGAAGGAGGCGUGGAGAUAGGAUGCGACAGCGCACUCCUCCUAUCCCUCCUCUCAGAACCAGGUAGUUACAGGAGAAACUGGGUUGGGCAGAAUAGGUUCCAUUUGUGUGUUUUUAGGGAAGGGUUUUAUUUGAUGAAAAAUGUGUUUGUUUCAGGCCAUUGAUGGGAUCACAACACAACAGAUGGAUCCUGUCUGUGUCCCAAAUGGCACCCUAUUCCCUAUACAGUGCACUACUUUUUUUUUUUUUUUUUCAAAAGGGAAAAAAAAAAUACUUACAAAAAAAAGACUUUUAUAUAAAGGGAAUAGAUUGGCAUUUGGGAUGCGACCCAGGUCUGCAGCACCCUUUCCUUCUGUCGUCCCUCCCAUCCACAGGUUACAACUGCUGCAGACAGACAGGGGGCAGAGAAAAAUACACUUCUGUCAUUCCCCAAACAGACAUGUCCAUGCUCAGAGCCUCAUGCACUUUAGAUUUGAGUGUUUUCUCUGUGUGGCGGAAGACCUUUGUGUGUUUUAUCCCAGACCAGUGUUUUGCUCUAACUGUAUAUCAACAGGGUGUGUACUGUAUAUACUGA